AAUACACAGGGGACAACAGCAAAGGAAGAUGCCAUUCAGUACAAGCAGAGGGUCCCGGCAGUUACUCUCCAGAUGAGCAUUUGGACCAGUCGUGGAGCUUGAGAAGGAGAAGCUGAUGAAAUAUCUGGGAGAGGAAAAUGAUUGGGAAAUCUUACUUCCUGCUGUCACUGCUCCAAGCUGGACUGGCACAAAACUGGGAAGCCAAGACACCACGUGAGGUGACAGCACAGAAAGGUUCCUGUGCACAGAUUCCAUGUCAUUAUAGGUAUCCUUCAAAACUGGUAGACCAACAUCGAAAUGGAAUCUGGUUUAAUAACAAGAAAGAAGUCACAUCAUCAAUAGCCUUUCACUCCCAAGAUCACAGUCAAGAGGCACCACAUUUCCACCAUCGGACCCGACUGUUUGGACGCCUGAAAGAUGGAGACUGUUCUCUGAUUAUAAACAACAUCGGGUGGGAAGAUGCAGGACCUUAUUUUUUCAGAGUAGAAUUUGAGGGAGAGUAUAAAUUCAGCUACAGAAGCGUAACCCAGCUUCAUGUUUCCGAUUUCACAGAUAAACCCAUGAUAUCUCCGGUGGAAAUUAUUGCAGGGAAGCGUGUGAACCUGAGCUGCACCUUCAACACAACAUGCAAUGGAACAGCUCCUGCCUUAACCUGGGACACUCCCACUGCAGUACCCGGAUCAGUGUCAAACACUGUAACUCAGCGUGGUGUCACUCUGACCUAUACUUCUGUUCUGAGCCUGACACCAUCACUCAGACACCACGGACAAACUCUCACCUGCAGAGUGCGUUAUCCAACUGUUUCAUCAAAGCAGACCUUCGUACUGACAGUGCAAUAUCCACCACAGAAUCUCUCAAUUACCUCCAUUGAUGGGAUUAAAGAUUCAACAAUAAAUAUAAUGGAGGGGAAAGCUGUGGUGAUUAUCUGCUCUGUUGAGAGCUUCCCAGCUUCUAACCUGAUCUGGGGACAUCUUAAUGCCACAAUGAACAGAACAAGUUCCAACAAUGAGCUGUGGUUGAAGAUUUCUCACGUUACGUACAGGGAUUCGGGAGAUUAUCGGUGUGUGGCAAAGAAUGAACAUGGAACAGUAGAGGGCUCCAUAACCAUCACCGUGGAAUACCCACCACAGAAUCUUUCAAUUUCUUCCCUUGAUUGGAUUCAAGAUUCAUCAAUCAAUAUAAUUGAGGGGAAAGCUGCAGUAAUGAUCUGCUCUGUCAACAGCUUCCCAGCUUCUAAUCUGACAUGGAGACAUCUUAAUGCCACAAUGAACAGAACAAAUUCCGACAAUGUGCUGUGGUUGGAGAUUCCUCACGUUACAUACAGGGAGACUGGAGACUAUCAGUGUAUGGCAGAGAAUGACCAUGGAGCAGUGGAGGGCUCCAUAACUAUUGCUGUGCAAUAUCCCCCACGGCAGACUACAGUGUCCAUCAGUGGACCCUCAGGUGGGAUCAGAGAAGGACACAAUGUCACAUUAACCUGCUCCAGUGAAGGUGUCCCACCGAUAUCUCAUUACACUUGGUUCAGGAUUGAGGGAAACACCAGCGCCCGGUUAAACACAAGCAGCCGGAUUCUCUCCUUCACUCCAGUGACACGUGGGAAUGAUGCCAGUUUCUACUGUACAGUGACAAACCCAUUGGGUAACAGCAGCUCCGACACGAUCCACCUGAACGUGGAAUAUGGUCCGGAGAUUUCCCAGGAGUCAGAAUGUGCUCAGACGGCAGAGGGGAUCACCUGCGUCUGUGUGGCCAACUCAAACCCUCCUGGAGACCUCAUCUGGCACCUUCCCCAUGCCAUCAUCAACGGUAACCAAACACACAGAGGUUUUGUGUCACACCAGCUCAGGGAGGGGCAGCUGGUGAAGGGUUCACUGAUCCUGAUGGGACAUGAGGAUGAAGAAGAAGUUAGAGCGUCCUGCUUUGUUCAAAACCCGCAUGGGGCAGCCAUUUUCAAUGUGUAUCUUUGGGUCAAAGACAGAGACUCCAAUAAAUGGACAGUGGGACUGAUCAUGGCUGGAAUCCUGUUCAGUGUUUUCCUGGCUGGAAUUUUAAUCUUCCUCUAUGUGCAAAAGAGAAAGACAGCGACAGGGGAGGCAGUUUCAAACACCAGUGACCUUUCAUUGAUCUACAGUCGACUGUCUGAGAAACACCAGGAUCCACAGAACAUCGUGGUUACUGACUCUCAGAACACAACUAGGGAUACAGCUAGUGAAGGGGAGACACUAGCUCCCCAAGAUGUCUCCGAGUGGCCAGUGGGAGGAGAUGCUGCACACCACAAUAGAACUGAGGAUAUUCUCUAUGCCAACAUCAACUUCUCAAAGCUGCCCAGCAGUGAUGGGGUUGUGCACAGGGGUGAGAACACAGAAUAUGCACUGAUCAGAUUCCAGCCAAACUGAGAGAGAAACAGGGAGAGGGGUGUGAGGGUCAUGUGCAGCCAAUGUGGUUCAAUAAUA